UGAUGAAUCUGCCGUACCAACUCUAUUAGAUUAACAGCCCAGCGAAGAAAGCAGUACGGUUAGCUAUCUCUGCUGAACCACCAGCCAAACCAUCAUUGUCUAAACCACAAGCUCAAGUUAAUUACGGCUUAUUCAAUAUGUUAAACAACGGUAGUCAUACAAACAGUGGCUCUUCAAAGCUAUCCAAUCUGCGUCGCGAGGAGUCGUUCCUUGUGGAAUCCUCACCACUAUCAUCAUCAUCAACGUCGUCAUCAACAGCAACAACGACGAGGUAUGGCAGUAGGCGAAUUAGUAGAGAUGUUCCUGUUACUGCGCACACUCGAUCUCCGUUAAUUGAAAUUGGCCAACAAAAUAGUACAUCUUCUACUUUUCACACUGCUCCUAUGGUGCCAAGUUUGAGUGAUUCAAGUCCCAAUGGUCUGCCUUUGAAGACUCCAAGUAGCCCCAAAAAGAAAAAAUCGGUUAAUUUUAAGAGCGACCAUGUUUUGGUUCAAGUCCGUUAUUAUGCAAAGAAUACUUGGGAGACCUCCGAUCAUCCAGACGGAUUAAUUGUCGAUGAUCGAGAAAAUGAACAAGGCCCCGAAAUUUCAAAUCAGCAUAAUGGUCUUCCAACAAAAUCACAUCCUACGCUAGAAAACUGGCAAUGCCCACCGCGCUUACUCCUGGCACAAGACUGUAGACGCGCAGGCAUGAUCUAUACAGAAGAAUCUAAUUAUCAACGACAGCUUGAAGCAAUUACGCCACCUACUGUCUAUCGAAGCAUAGAUGAAAUACCACCUACACCUGAAGAACCUGACAGUCCUGGUUGUGAGAAUGAUAUUGGUGUUAAAAUAAUUCCAUUGGAAGACUUGGCUAAUUACGGAGACGCAACAUCCGAAGAAUGUUACAAUGAUGAAAUGGAUGAUUCUAUACCGGAGAACAACAAGGGUUACAGUGCAACAACAGUGGAUGAUAGUGCAUCUGUUCCCAUCGCUCCUAUGUCGUCAUCGUCGUCAAAAGAAUACCCAAAUCUUGACUACUUGGAUUUGCAAGGUAUUUUGAAUGCAGUUGCCUCUCAAACCGGAGCCUCUGCAUCUACUUCUUCUAUGACACCAACACAACAACAACAAGAACAACUAGCUGUACCUCAACACCAAGUACCUUCGCAGCGACAACAUCAGUACUAUCAACAUGAUCUCAAAAACCAACCACCGACACAACCAAGUAAACACCAUAAUAACAAUAAUAAUAUUAAUCAUUCAACGAAUCCUUCUCGUGGAAACCACCAUCAUCCGCAUCGGUCUUCGCGUGGCGGUGCCGGCGCCGGUAGGAGUGACCAACACAACGGCAAUAAUCGACCAUCCCGGCCUCCACGCGGAAGAGCGCGUUGUAGAUACCUGAACACUAAAAAAGGCUGUCUUUUUGGCGAUCGAUGUAAUUACAGUCACGACAUUUAAUCACGCAACUUAUUCGUCAAAAAAAUCAACCUUCCCCCUCUUUCCUUUGUUUACACACGUUUCAUUCGCUGUUUGACUUUCUUUUCGCACUAACCCCCGCAUCUUCCAUCGUACUAAGCUUUAUAAAUGUCAAAACCAUCAAGCACUUCUAGUACAAACAGAUUACUCGUCUAAUAUAAAAGUAUCAAUACUACUACCUUUAUUACCAUCCCCAUUCUAAAAGCACCAUUGCUUUUUCAUUUGAAUUCGUAUGUAGUACUGCUAUGUAGGCUUGUUUGUACCUAGCAAUAUCAUAUGUAUAACUAAAGUAAUCAGUGGAAAAAAACAACACAGUAUAUCGAAUAAAGAAAGCGAAUAAUCAAUGAAAACUGAUGUUUACACAGAUACACUAUCAUCAUGUAUCUGACAACCUCAUGCAAUAAAUUUC